AUGGACGGGUCGCAAAGCCAGGCGGGUCAGCCUAUCUCCCAGCCGGCUGCACAGCAGCACUCAAAUCUCAUUCGGACCGAUCAAGUGCAAAAGUUGCCCCAUUUAAACGAGGCGCAAAAAGCUCAACACACGCAGCUCGUUCGCAGCUUCUGGGAGCAACUAAACACUCGUGACCCCCAAAGCCAGGAGUAUCAACAUGCCCAACUCAAACUCUCCCAGUUGUCCCAGAAUUUGAUGAAAGGUAUGCGUUUGUUUCAACAAAACCGUCAACAGGCGAUUCAGCAACAGCAGGUUCAGGCCGCCGCCGUACAGCAGGGCCAACCAGUUCAACGGACGCAGUCCAACAACCCUCAGAACCUCAGCCAGCUCCUGCCACAAAUCCAGGCCAAGGUUAACUCGCUUAAUUUUUAUCUCCCACCGAACGUCACCCAGGAACAAGUACAGACGUGGAUCCCCGAAGCCCGGUUGCGAUACGGUAUCGCGCUUCAGAAACAGGAAGUUGGGCGUGCACGGUUGGCUGAUUUGCGCCAGCAAUAUUCUCAGCGUCAAGCGCAAGCCAAUAUGUCGCAAGAAGAAGUACAGGAAUUCAAGAAUCGGCAGUUGGCAGCGGAAAAGUUGUUCCGCGAGGGUAGCGAUUUUCUCAACAAAUUCAAGGAGCAGCAGGAAAGUUUCAAACUGCAAUCACAGGGGCAGAAUCCUCAGAUGAGUCAACCAGGACAGGGAACAGCUACGCCUGUGAGCCAACCCGCGCCUGCCGCGCCUGUGUCGACUCAGGCGGCAUCUAACACCCAGGCGGUUAAUGCCACUCCCUCCUCGGGCAUACCUGGACAGGCACCCACUCCAGCUCCGCACACCAUCAACUCUGCUGUGAAUGCGGCCCGCAACCAAGCAGGACAGACUGCCAUGUCUCCUUCAACAUCUCAGCCUGGACAGGCACCUCCAUCGGCGAGCGGUACUCCGGUUCCAUCAAAUGCGCCUCCUCCAACUCAACGACCUCAACCUCAACCUCAACCUCCAUCGCAGCAAGGAACUCCUGGAACUCAAGUCACCUUCACUCAGGCUCCUCCUGACGGAACCACUUCUACACCAGCAAGCUCACAGCCGAUUAAUCAAGGUCCACCCCGUCCUCUAUCUCAUCAAGCGGCGAUGCAGCAAGCAGCUCAGAGCUACAACACAAAUCAAAAUCAGCAGCCACAACAACCAAGUAUCACCCAAGCUGCAAACAAUCAACAAAGUCAUCCUCAAGGCUACCUUGCAAAUCGGUCCGCUGAUUCUUCUUCUCGUAACAUUAACAUGCACAUCCCUAAAAACCUUAGCGUCUCUACACCUGAACCAGUCACCAUGUCUUCGGCACGUCCCUCUCUGACUGGAGGCCCUAACCAUGCCCCUGGCAUGAUCAGUCAACCUGCUAUUCAGAAACACCCUGGCUAUGUUCUCGAGGGUGAAGGUCAGCAUGUGCUCAGCAAGAAGAUGCUGGACAUCCUAGUUCGUCAGGUCACUGGUGGUGGUGAAGGAGAGAUGUUGACACCCGAUGCUGAAGAGUUCGUUCUCCAGAUGGCAGAUGACUUCGUCGACGACGUAAUCACCCAGGCCUGUCGGCUUGCCAAGCUGCGCCCCUCUUCAACACUCGAAAUCCGCGACAUCCAGCUUGUACUGGAACGAAACUACAACAUGCGCAUCUCCGGUUUCUCCUCUGAUGACCUUCGCACCGUCAAGAAGCCUCAACCCACCCAGGGUUGGCUACAAAAGAUGACAGCCAUCCAGGCCGCCAAAGUCACACAGGGCAGGUCUGAGUAG